AUUCCGUCACUUUCUUCCACUAGCCUAAACCAGUAUCGAACCGUACCGUACCGUACCGUGCCGCAGUCAAAAUCUAUCCUGUGUUUUUCACUUCCGGUGUGCUAGCUUUGUCCGUGUCAAAAAGAAGCAAUCAUUGUUGUUGGUGAAAAGUUUCGUCAUCAAGCGGAGUGAAAACGGCAACCUUUCCGACACACAAUAUCUAUCACCAUCACCAUUCUUUCAAAAGUGCGGUUCUAUUUUUACAUCUAUCAACCAGCGUAUAUUUUCAUUCGGAAUUAGAAAGCUUUUCUUUCGGCCUGUAUUGUUGCCUGAUGUCGAAGGGCCGAUCCCCGAAGCGGCCGUCACUGAUUGCAUGAAUAGCAAUCCGGAGGUGCACUACACGGCACUGACUGCACUGAUAGAUCAUACUGCAGGCCGUCGUCGGUGAACUGACGACUCGCGGCAGGAGCCAACCAUUUUGUAAUCAAAGCGACAAUGUUUUAGACGCUGCCGAAUCAACCGGAUAAUCAAUCCUUCUCACUGCGGCUUAAGUGGAAGAACGAACGUCUGCCUGACGGACGCAGAGAAGCAAACCGGGCCAAGUUCAAAUUCGUUCGCCGGUUGCCGGUCUGUUUUCAUCGCAGCCGUGAUACAUAUAUAACUUAGCGAUACACCAAUUGAAGCCAAUUACUAGCGAAGAGCGAAGUGCGAGCCAAGUGGAGUGAGCGUCUGCUUAGUAUAUCGGAGGCAUGCGGCACAGCACAGCAUACAGUGAAUAGAGCAAUACAUAACCAACCUGAACGAAUUGAGUGCAAAAUCUGGGAGCAAUCGAAUUGAAAGCACGUUAUUCCUACUCCAUAAUCCAUAGGCUAGUGAUUAGUGAACCGUUUCCCGUUAGAUCGUUAUUAAAUGGGGUACCGAAGCAGCUGCCGAACAGCAACCGAGGUGCCCCGCUUAGUCUAGAUGAAAGGACCCAGCAGGAUCAAAUGUCGCAUCGUUAGGCGCUUGUUUUUGUUUUUCGCCACCCUCUCGAUCAUCCCGUUUACGGUGCUGUAUCUGGUCACCUCGGAUCAUCUGUAUCGAUUCAGAGCAUACAAUUACGGUGCAGGCACCAAUGGCUCGCGACAUCCGCUACAGUUUCACGCGGUGCACCAUCCCGCCCUGCAGGGACACCGUGGCCACAAUGGCCACCCAGCACAGCACACCGAUCAGAAACAGCUACAGCAGCUGCAUAGGACCAUUAAGAAUAGCACGGGUAACCAGUAUCCGACAGACCUGGAGUACAUAAAGCACCGGAUGGAGAAACGAGUCGCACGUUUGAGCGAAAAGUGCACCGAGUAUAGAUUAAAUGAACCAAAGCAAAACUAUAAACCCAAAGCAUGGGAAUAUCUCAUCAAUCACGAGUACCAUCUGGUAUGGUGCAACGUGUUCAAGGCUGCAUCCACGUCGUGGAUGUACAACUUCAACCUAUUGGCCGGUUACUCACCGGAAUUCCUUCGAAAGACCAAAGAUGUGCCACUGCAGCUAGCACGCCAAAAGUAUCCUCGUCCUUCGGUAGAAGUGCUUCAGGAUGCCAUCAAUAGCUCAAUUUCAUUCCUAAUCGUACGGCAUCCGUUCGAAAGACUGGUUAGCGCUUACAAGGAUAAGAUUCAGUACGCCUUGCCGAAUUCACACCACCAGAAACUCGGCGUUCGGAUCAUUCAAAAAUAUCGGAAAGUCAUCAAAGGUCAGCCAUGGAACACUCAGAAGUAUCCCACCUUUCCGGAAUUUGUCAAUUACCUACUGGAUGAAGUUCGGCACCCGCAUGCCGAGAUCGACAUGCACUGGAUUCCGGUAACGUACUUCUGUACACCGUGUUUCUUCCACUACGAUGUGAUAGCCAAGUUCGAGACCCUGCAGGAGGACCAAUCCUACCUGAUCUCGAUGGCCAAACUGGGAGACGUCAUCAAGCCCCAAUGGAAGAACGCCGGCAAGGGGGCACACACCAAUGAAGUGGUACUGAAGCUGUUCGCCACUCUGGACGAUAAGCAACUACGAGGCCUGUACGAUUAUUAUCGGUACGAUUUCGAACUGUUUGGAUACGGAGCCGACGAGUACUUCGGCACCAGGGAACCGUUUUAAUUCGUCAAAUUACUACAACAUAUACUAUUCUAGUGAGACCAAUUAGAAGCGCGCAAAUGAGCAGCUGUUUUAAGCAAACUUAUCUUUAAAAUAGGCAUCGAAUGUUGAAGCUAAUUCGCAAAUAAUUGAAACAAAGCGAUUUUUUCCUAGCGGAACCAAAACGUAUUUUUUUAUAACGCAAAAGACAUCAAUUUUAGACGUCCAAUAGGCUGUAGGAAAAUAUAUCUGGUAACCGUUUCUCUCGGUAGGAUUAGUCUGUUUGCAUAUUAGAUUUAAAGGGACAAUAUCAUCUACGGCCCAGAUUGGCCACCCUUAAGCUUUUCCUACUACAACAGUAAGGCUUAA